CGCGGGCCGGGGAGCACUGCUCCGGGCCAGCCGCCUGCCACCGGGCUGUGGCGAGAGGCCGCACGCCACGGUUGGGCCUCCCUGCAGGGUCUGGGAACAUGGCCAGGAAGGCCCUCAAGCUUGCUUCAUGGACUGGCAUGGCUCUUGCUGCCUCUGGCGUCUACCUCUAUAGUAACAAGUACUUGGACCCUAAUGACUUCGGUGCCAUCCGGGUGGGCAGAGCUGUGGCUACGACGGCUGCCAUCAGUUAUGACUAUCUCACGUCCCUUAGGAGUGUCCCGUAUGGCUCAGAGGAAUAUUUGCAGCUUCGAUCCAAGGUGCACCUGCGCUCUGCCAGGCGUCUCUGUGAGCUCUGCUGCGCCAACCGGGGCACCUUUAUCAAGGUGGGCCAGCACCUGGGGGCUCUGGACUACUUGCUGCCAGAGGAGUACACCAGCACGCUGAAGGUGCUGCACAGCCAGGCCCCGCAGAGCAGCAUGCAAGAGGUCCGCCAGGUCAUCCGUGAGGACCUGGGCAAGGAGAUCCAUGACUUGUUUGUGAGCUUCGAUGACACCCCUCUGGGGGCAGCUUCCCUGGCCCAGGUCCACAAGGCGGUGCUGCAUGAUGGGCGGACGGUGGCCGUGAAGGUUCAGCACCCAAAGGUGCAGGCCCAGAGCUCCAAGGACCUUCUCCUGAUGGAGGUGCUCGUGCUGGCUGUGAAGCAGUUGUUCCCGGAGUUUGAGUUCAUGUGGCUGGUUGAAGAAGCCAAGAAGAACCUGCCAUUGGAGUUGGACUUCCUCAACGAGGGGAGGAACGCCGAGAAAGUAGCCCAGAUGCUGCGGCACUUCGACUUCUUGAAGGUGCCCCGGAUCUACUGGGAGCUGUCCACCAAGCGUGUCCUCCUGAUGGAGUUUGUGGAUGGUGGCCAGGUCAACGACCGAGACUAUAUGGAGAAGAACAAGAUUGACGUCAACGAGAUCUCGUGCCAUCUGGGCAAGAUGUACAGUGAGAUGAUCUUUGUCAAUGGCUUCGUGCACUGUGACCCACAUCCUGGCAAUGUGCUGGUGCGGAAGCAUCCGGACACGGGGAAGGCAGAGAUUAUCCUGUUGGACCAUGGACUGUACCAGGUGCUCACGGACGAGUUCCGCCUGGACUACUGCCGCCUCUGGCAGUCUCUGAUCUGGACAGACAUGAAGAAGGUGAAGACGUACAGCCAGCGCCUGGGCGCCGGGGACCUCUACCCCUUGUUUGCCUGCAUGCUGACUGCCCGGUCCUGGGACUCGGUCAACAAGGGGAUCAGCCAGGCUCCCGUCACUGCCUCGGAAGACUCUGAGAUCCGCAACAAUGCAGCCAACUACCUGCCCCAGAUCAGCCAACUCCUCAACCAUGUGCCGCGGCAGAUGCUGCUCAUCUUCAAGACCAAUGACCUGCUACGUGGCAUUGAGGCCGCCCUGGGCACCCGCGCCAGUGCCAGCUCCUUCCUCAGUAUGUCGCGGUGCUGUGUCAGGGCACUGGCCCGGUAUGAGAGGAAGAAUACCCGCUCCUUCUUGAAAAGGACUCGGAUCUCUUGCAGCGAGGCUUUCAACUUAGGGCAGAUCAGCCUGCACGAACUCAUUCUGCGCGUGAAGGGGUCCUGGCUGGCCUGCUGGAUCAUUGCCCUGCUUGGCUGGCUGUUUCCUGCUCUGCACUGAGUGGACCAGCUUUCCCUGACCACAUUCUGGUCUCUUCCCAGUCCUUGUCCUUGUCCUUACCUAGUGGUCCCACAUGUGCCAGCCACAUGGUGUCUGCAGCCCCGGGGUUCCUGGAGUGGCCACCCCAUCCCUGGCCACACUGUUGGUCUUGUCUUGGGGCUCACCAGCAGUCCGUGGAUGUCUCAGGAGGAGACACGGCAGCCACCUUCCCACUCCUGGUGUGUGCGCCCCUCCAUUCCCCAAGCCUUUUCCAUCAUGGGGAUGGACAGCAGGCUCCACGGGGACACACAUCUCACUUGCAGGAAGUUGGAUUUGCUUGGAGGUGAGCCUGUCUGUGAACUUGCUGCAGAUCAGCGUCCGUCUCCAAACCAUCUCCUUCCUCAGAGGCAUCACCCCUCAGUGAGACAGGUUGGCAUCUGGGGGCAGCCCAUAGCAGUCACAGUGACCCCUUUGGUGUUUCAUAUGCUGUGUUUCAAUAAAACCCCUUUCUCAGCAGCACAGUUAAGCCAGCC